AUGGCACGUUCAAAGGCCUUUCACGAAAAGGGUCGUCCAUCAAGACUUACACCAAGAACUGCUCGCCAUCUCAAACGUUUAACAACUGGAACAAAUCGAGCAAAUGCCAAUGUUAUUACACAAAAAUUAAAUGAUUCAUUGACUCAAUGUUUUUCUUCUAGAACUGUUCGACGCUAUCUUCACAAAAUAGGAUAUAUCUAUACAAAAAAAAAAAUUAGUAAGCCAUAUUUGAAAAAGAUUCAUAAGGCAAAGAGGAUUGCUUGGUGUAAAAAAUUUCAAUCUUAUACCAUUGAAGAUUGGCGUCGUGUCAUAUUCAGUGACGAAUCAACAUAUUACGUUUUCAAACGUAAAAAUAAGAUGAUGGUUUCGCGUGCUAAAUCUGAAAAACUUGCUCCGGAUUGUGUUCAGCAAUUGACCACAGGAGAUGGAGGAAAAGUAGGUAUAUGGGGAGCUAUGUGUGAAUAUGGCAAAACAUCAGCAUUCGUUUAUUCUGAUAAUAUGGAUUCAACAAAAUAUUGUGAAGUUUUAAAGAAUUACUUAAUUCCAUCAAUUAAACGAUUACCCAAAGAAAAGAAAUACAUAUAUCAAUGUGAUUUAGCCCCUUGGCAUACGAGCAAUAUGGUUAAAGACCAAAUUAAAAAACUGAAAAUUAAUAUGCUCGAAUGGCCUCCUAAUAGCUCAGAUAUGAAUGUUGUUGAAGAAUUGUAG